GUGGGUAGUGGCGUCUGCUGGAGUGACACUUGAGGGUGGUGGCAGCGGUGGUGGCAGCGGUGGCACAGUGGCGGCGGCAGUGGUGGCACAGUCAAUACUCACUAUUAUUGUAAUAUUUGGUCCAUCAGGUGAGCAAGACAGUUUGGCACAAUGGAAGUCUUCCAAGAAAAGAUUCAUAAGCUCCAAGAUUUUUAUGAGUGGACCAUGACUAUUUCUGAUGAACGCGUUAAGAACUGGCCACUGAUGUCAUCUCCACUCCCUACUGUGGGUCUUGUGUCUGCCUACCUCACCAUGGUCAAGUUCGGUCCCAGAAUAAUGUCAUCACGUGCACCACUGCAACUCAGAGGGCCUCUUAUUUUUUACAACCUGGCUGUUAUGUUACUUAAUCUAUAUGUUGGUGUGGAGUUGGCAGUGGUAUCUGUGAGGUUGCGAUACAGUUGGUUUUGUCAGCCAGUGGACUACUCUACAAAUCCUGAUGAAAUGAGGAUAGCUGCAGCACUCUGGUGGUAUUACAUCUCCAAGCUGGUAGAGUUUACAGACACGCUUUUCUUCAUCUUGCGUAAAAAGACCAAUCAGUUGACCUUCCUGCACAUUUAUCAUCACUCCACCAUGUUCUGCUUGUGGUGGAUUGGCAUCAAAUGGGUGGCCGGGGGUUCCUCCUUCCUAGCAGCCAUGAUGAACAGCUUCGUACAUGUCAUCAUGUACGCCUACUAUGGUCUUUCAGCGUUGGGCCCUUCCAUGCAGAAAUACUUAUGGUGGAAGAAACACAUCACCUGUAUUCAACUGGUUCAGUUUGCUAGUGCAGGAGUACUGGGUGCACGAGCAAUUGUUGUUGGCUGUGACUUCCCACUAUGGAUGCAGUAUGCACUGGUGGUCUACAUGAGUAGUUUUAUUGUACUCUUCGGUCAGUUCUAUGUACAAGCCUACAGACUUAAGAGGAAGCUGAAGGAAAAUAAGAAUGGCCGGGUCCAUCACAAGAGUGAAACCAAUGGGGUAAUUGCAAAUGGUGUGACCUCCAAACUACACAUGGCCAAUGGAGCCCUGAGCCGGGAUGGACAGGUUGAAAAGAAUAUCUCUGGAAAGAAGUCAGAGAGAGCCAAUGGAGAACGUAGGGGACACAAUAAUGUACGCACUCGUACACAGGCACGACGUGAGGGGCGUCCUCGUCAAGAUUCUUAAUUUACUUGUGGAGGUUUUGGUUCAUCUCUCCUUUGUUUCUCACAGUAAAGCAGUUUUCGUAGGUUAAUAUCACUAGAGACUGUCGUUCUGAAGUUGAGAGUAAAAUUGCAGUUAACUUCUGGAUUAAUGACAUUUAAAAUGCAUGUUCGUUAUAACAGAAAAAAUUAAAUUAUAUUAAUUCAAUUGUUUUCAAUAUGAUACAGUACAUAAUAAGAAGCUAAUGUUAAAUGGCUUUGCAAUGCCAUUGAAGAAACUAUUAAACAUUCCUUCAAUUUACUUGAUGGAGCAUUGAGUUUUAUAUGUUUUACUCAAGAUUUUUUAUAAGAAAUUGAUGUAGCCAGUGAUGUUUUUUCUUUCUCAACGCUUCAGUUUAAGUACAUUCUUUAUGUUGAUUGUCAGCUGACUUCUGGUGCACAUACAUACCACUGAGUUAAGUUUUCAUGGUACAUAUACAUCAGUUCAACUUUAAGCAGUCAUCAUUAUUACAAACAUGUCAUAAGAGAUUGCUAAAAACACUAGCAUAUUGUUAGAGACAAUGUUGCUGUUGAAUUUAUUCUCAAAAAUUAAAUCCUACUUUGUGGGUUUGUGAAGACUGUGUUGUGUGUACUUGAAAUGGUUUAUACAGUAACAUCUUCAUGGGUUGCAAUUGUUUCAAAGAUCAAAGAAUUUGUUCUUACUGCUUAUUAGGUUAUAUUUUAGUUUCAUGAUAACUAAUGUAAACUGUAUAUUCAGUUAUUAAUGGCAGCUUUUUUUUUUUUUUAGCAGCAUGGAGAAAUAAGAUAACUUGCUCUAGUGACAUUGCAAUUUUUUGAAGAAAACACAUAUUUAAUAUAGUAUAUUUUUAUUUCCAAGCAGAGUACAAUAAAAUACAGUGUAUUUUUAUUUGCAAAUACAGUACAAUACAGUAAUUUCUCCCUUGCUUAGAAUACUUGUUUUCAUAAAUCUCCCAUCUUUAGAAUUAAAUUUAAAAAUCAGAAGUGCAAUCUGUAAUUUUCCAAAGAAGAAAGAAUUCCAAAUUUUUAUUUUCAACUGGUUUACAGAGUAAUAAUACAUUAGAAAUGCUAUUGUGAGUUGUUGGAUAAUUUCUUCCCUCCCAAAUGGCUUGUUUCUCUCUUACAGUAUGAGAGAGCUUGUUAAUUUUUUAUAAAUAUACUGAAAGAUGGUAGUAACAAUACAUCAGAAAAGUAUGACGUUUAAACCACUGGGGAGGGAGAGCUUCAUAGAGUGCAUGGAGAGUAUGAAGGCAAUGGUACUCUAUGUAGAGCAUAUGGAGGAGGUGAAAACCUGCCAGGACAGCGAAGGUACUGCGGUACAUAUUCACAGAUCAUAAACUGGAAACUAUCACAUCUUGUUUACAAAGAAAAAACUUAGUGCAGGUGUGAUGAGGCUG